AUCGACUUGUCUAUUGUUCCUGACUCCCGAUGGGAUGAGAAGACCCACGGAACAGCUGAAAUGUUCCUCAUCAUGUUCCCACCUCCCACUCCUCUUCUCGAACUCCAGCCACUCCCGCUGUCUGCCCUACACAACAAGGAAUUCAAGAGCAUCUACUCAUCCACCAUUCAAACAUUCAACAAGAUCCAGACGCAGGUUUUCCAGGCUCUCUACACAUCUGAUGAGAAUGUCUUUAUUGGCGCGCCUACUGGAAGCGGCAAGACUAUAUGUACUGAAUUUGCUCUGCUCCACCUUUGGAGCAAACACGAGCAGCCCAGGGCAGUCUGUAUUGAGCCCUACCAGGAGAUGGUCGACCAACAUGUUGCAGAGUGUCGUCGGAAGUUCAGCGGCAAAGAGAUAUGGGAUAUCCUGUUUCGGAGAUGGCGACAGUGCAAGAAUGUGCAGAACAUUGGCCUAUUGAUUGCUGAUGAAAUCCAACUUGUAGGUGGAGAAGUCGGUCCGACGUAUGAAGUGGUGAUAUCUAGGACCCGCUACAUCGCUGCGGAGACGAAGGUUAAGACUCGCAUCGUCGCCUGUGGUGUCUCGCUCGCUUUCCUCUCCGGACUCUUCAGUACUGAUUAA